GGGAUGGACGGACCCUGGCUGUGUCAACUCCGCAACAGCUGGCAGCUGGACAAGCUCCAACUGGCGCGACUGUUCUCCUUUCUGGCUACUUGUAAACCACAACAACUACCAAUCUUCAUCAACAUGGCUGUUCGUAACAAGUACUCGGUGCUGCUGCCCACCUACAAUGAGCGACGCAACCUCCCUAUCAUCGCCUGGUUGCUGAACAGGACCUUUACCGAAAAUAACUUGGACUGGGAACUCAUCAUCAUCGACGAUGCCUCGCCCGACGGUACACAAGACAUCGCUCAACAACUCAUCAACGCCUACUCUCCUGAACGCAUCAAGUUGAAGCCACGAGCUGGCAAGCUGGGUCUCGGCACUGCUUACGUUCACGGCCUGCAGUAUGUCACCGGCAACUUCGUCAUAAUCAUGGACGCCGACUUCAGCCAUCACCCCAAGUUCAUCCCCCGCAUGAUCAAGAAACAGAGCGAGAACGGUGCCGACUACGACAUUGUCACUGGAACCCGCUACGCUGGAGACGGAGGCGUUUACGGCUGGGACCUCAAGAGAAAGUUCGUCAGCAGAGGCGCCAACUUGUUCGCCGACACUCUGCUCAGACCCGGUGUCAGCGACCUGACUGGCUCCUUCAGACUCUACAAGAAGUCCGUUCUGCAAGAGGUCAUUCGCAAGACCGAGAGCAAGGGCUACAGUUUCCAGAUGGAGAUGAUGGUCAGGGCAAAGGCAAUGGGCUUCAAGGUUGCCGAGGUACCUAUCAGCUUUGUCGACCGCCUGUACGGAGACUCGAAGAUUGGCUCCAACGAGAUCACCGCGUAUGCUAAGAGUGUUCUGUCGCUUUGGGUCAAGGUUUGA